UCCCUCAUCUUCUACCGCCAGAAGCGGGACUGCAAGGCUUUGGUGAACAAAGAGAACGCCAAGGGCCAGGGGCUGGUGCGACGCCUCUUCCUGGGCACCCCCCGAGACGCCUCCUCGAGCAGCCCGGGCCCAACGGAGCGACCUGCGGCUACAGGAGGUUGGACCGCACCCCAAGAGGCCCCGGAAGCGGCGGGCAAGCGGGCGCUGUGCCCCACGUGCUCGCUGCCCCUGUCGGAAAAGGAGCGCUUCUUCAACUACUGCGGCCUGGAACGCGCGCUGGUGGAGGUGCUGGGUG